GCCCGCGGGGAGGCGGAGCGAGGAGCGGCGCUGGCGGCAUGGCGGCCCAAGCGGGCCCGGCCUGGAGCCGCGGGCAGCCGGACUCGUCCCCGGCUCGCAAGCGGCCGAAGCCGCUGCGGACGGUGGUGGCGUGGAGGGGCCGGGCUGAGUGGGACCAGGUGAUGGUGGGGCUGUACUGCGGAGACAGCCGGCUGCAGCAGGACGCGCUGGAUCGCGUCUCGGCGUGGAAGAGCCGGUACGGUAUAAAAAUGCCUCUUGCAGUGGACUGCACGGCAGAACUGAUUCGCUGUAAGGUCCUUGAUUCAUCUGGCAAAUUGAAGUCACACGAGCUCAUCCUUUCUUAUGGGCUGGCCAUUGUAAGAUUUGUCAACUUGAUCACGGAAAGAAAGCAGAAGAUGGCCAACAUUCCUCUGAGACAAUUAGCCAAAGAGGUGAACAUCCCUGAGUGGAUUGUGGAUCUCCGCCACGAGCUGACGCACGGGAAGCUGCCACGGCUGGCCCAGUGCCGCAAGGGUUGUGAUGUUGUGCUGGACUGGCUACGAAAGAUGUAUUGGAACCGUCAGCUGGGCAAUAACUUGUGUGAAGAAGAUGAGGAUGAGGAUGAGGAAGAAGAGCAGGAAGAGGUGGAAGCAUAUGCAGAGUUGGACAGUGAUGCAUGGGAGAUUCAAACCCCACAGCAUGAGGCCUGUCAGAAACACAAGGAAUUCCAUGAAAAAGUCAGAGAUGUUCUGAUGUCUUACAAGAAUGAGCAGUUCCGGCUUAUGCAGUCAAUGCCAUCUCUUUCAAAGUCUCGAGAACUGUGGUCUGAUUCCUCUUCAGAAGUGGACUGGAUUUUGGCUCAGAUCAAAGACCUGAGGCAGGAAAAUAGGGAGACAGUGGCUGAAGCUCUUCUCAGUGAUGGCUUUCUCAUUCCAAAGAUGGAUUGUCUGAAGAUGCUAAAUAUCAAGUAUGAAGCAAAUAAAGAGGUAUGGCAAUUCAAAAUUCCCUCAACAUUUUACUGCUUUUGGCAGCCUUUGCUGUCAGGCCUCCUUUCACGAGGUUUUACACAGAUCCUAAUAGAGAAAAUGUUUAUAGAGUUGAAGGAAUGUUCUGACUCUUCAGAACUCCGGGCUCAGUUCUUGAUCAACUGGAUUUCUGAGUUGCUGAAUGGCAUUGCCAAAGUAAAUGCUGGGAAGAAAAGACAACGGUGCAGCAAGCAGAUGUCUGUGAAGGAGCUGUUCCUCCGUAAAGUUCCUUUGCAGUGGCUAAGACUGACUGACAGUUGCUUGCAAGCUCCCUGCUGGGCAACCCCACAUCUUCUUCAGCUGAUCCUCACAAUCAUGACACCUCGCUUGCGACGUUCUUCUCAGAAGAACCUUCUCUAUCUUGCUUCCAUUUACACAGAAGGAGGUGCCUCUUUGUCCAGUCCAGGCCUCUCUUCAGAUGGCAGUGAACAGCCAAUUUAUACUCUAGAGAGCUUACAGUGGAGAGCCAGGCAAGAAAAUCAGGUUAAAAAUCAAGGGCAGACUACAGAGAAACAAGAAGAUGUGCCAGAGAGAGACAAUGGUGUAGAGGAAGUGGAAGAGGAAGAAGAAGAGAUGGUGACUGAAACAAAUCCUUUGGAAGGACUUGCUCAUUCUGGUACCAUGGUGGCUAUUGCUGAGAAAAGGGCAGCACUGCAAGGGUCUGCCUGGCAGAUCACUGCAGAUGAAGUCCGAUGGAAAGACUUCCCUCUUGGGAAACUGCCAGGUCAGACAGAUGACCCCGAUGGUCUCAUGCUGGAUAAUUAUUCUAUGAUGUCCCUGCUUGAUCAGCCAGUGAGGGAUGAGUGGAAGUCUCUCAACACAAACUCUGCAGAAUUGAAUAGUCCCAUGACAGGAGGAUUGUUCUGGACCCAGAAUGACUUCCAUAAAAUAAAAAGUGGCCUUCAACUUUUCUGAGACAGCAGCAGAGUGCUCUGUGACUUUUACUAUUGCACAAGUAAAGUGGCAUAGAAGAUACACUAAUGGUGGUGAGAAAACUGUCACUCCAGGAGAAGUUGUUGUUGCUGUGAUUUGAUUUUUACCAUGUAAAAUCAAUGUUUUAUACAGGUGCUGUGUUUUAAGUUGCAUGUACAGUAACUAUUGUCUUGCUUAACCAGUUGAAGUUUGCCAAAUACAGUUAAGAGUACUUUGGAAUCCCUCCAUAUUCCUUAACUUUUUCAUAAAGAAAUACAUCUGACUGAAGGCAAACCUUG